AUGGGCCUGAGUUAUGACCCUGAUGCUUCCCUUGUAAACUCUACAUGGGUGGCUGUCUUACUCAGUGAAAGAGAUGUUGCUGGCCAAAUCCCUAUUAACUUUGUUGCCGUACCGGCCGUUUCGUUGACUGCAGCAUGCUUCGGUAACAACAUCUACUACGACAAUUCUGCUCAGAAAUGCAUUUCGAACUUGCUCGUUAUCGGCUACCGUCGUUUCCUGGUUGAUAUAUACUGGUCUGUUGAGCAGCGAAAUUGGACCUUCUGCCCAGUGGCAAUUCCCCAGAGCGCUCGAGUUGUCACUGUCUCGACAACGCCAUCUCCAACAGCCACGGCCAGUGCAGCCACAGGGACCGUCACAGCAGUCGCCGACUCAUCAGGCUCGCUACUCUACGAGCUCGGUCCCUAUCUUUGCUCCGAUGAUCUCGACCUUUCUGGGCUAGUUGAUAUCUUCCUAGACCAUUUCAAAGUCACGAAUUCUCAAUGGAAUGUGUAUACGAGUUUCAUCACCCUAAAUCUUCAUGUGGCAUCAAGUGCUGCAUCUCCAGAUCAGCCAGCCGCGUCAGUGACCAGCGAACAGCUACCUUCACCGUCGGAAUACAUGAGCUCCUUGUUUGAUGCGCGUCUUUCUGCGUACAUCUACAGACCGUCCCAGUUAGCCAAGGACCGCAGGAACCUCAACGAAUCUUGGUAUGAAGUUGACGAUGGAUACAAGCCUAUCACGGAAUAUUUCACCGUUCACGAGGAAGCGGAUGGAAAACAAAGCACGCCGGACGGUUGGCCCUCUUCGAAAUAUGUGCAACUUGCGCAAGAGCGACGACUGUUUCUGGAAUAUGGCUCCGUGGACCCGCAGUUGGGGAGCUAUGACUUGAUUGCUGACAACGAUGUCAUAUUUCCGCCUCAUUACUUGACAACUGCGGUCUCGAUCUCAGCGGCUGAUGAUGGUAGCUUGACUUCUGGCUGUCUCUACGAUCCGGGGGCUACCUCAGUCUCGCAAGUCAACUCGUCAUGGGCUGAAUCGAGCAGCAUACCCAUCAUAAACGGCUCAAACGAAACUAAGACUUUAAGAGAACUGUCCGAUCUGAUUGUCAACCUCACAGUCUGUGGCUUAUCCCCGAUGCUCAACAGCACCUUGUUCAACAAGACUGCCGAUGAAGAUGCGAAAUCGUAUCAAAACAUCUCCAUGUCUGCCUCGUGGGCCUGGGCCAUUGGUGAACCUCGAGACGCCUCACCUUCUGGCACCGAUGAGGACUUGCCGAAGAUCGAUCGAUGCGCAGUGAUGGAUCUCUCACUGGGAGGCCAUUGGCGCGCCACCAACUGCAGCGAAGAGCGCUAUGCCGCCUGUCGUGUGGGAAACCAUCCCUUCACCUGGACCCUCUCAUCGCAAUCGUAUACGUACUCAGACGCGUACGACCACGCUUGCCCGGAGAAUACGUCUUUCUCGAUACCCCGGACGGGGCUUGAGAACACCUACCUGUACCAUUACCUGCUCGAUGGACCGAAGGACAUUCUAGACCCUACAACGACGGACCCCGCAAAGUACGAGGUCUGGCUUGAUUUCAACUCACAGGACGUUGCAUCUUGCUGGGUAACAGGGGGUCCUGAUACCUCCUGCCCGUACGUAGCAGAUCCACACCAGCUGGAACGACGCACCGUGUUGGUUGCUGCCAUUGCCGGGAUCGUUAUCUGCAUCAUUACUGCGCUCACGUUAUUUGUUAAAUGUAACGCGAACCGGAGAAAUUCGAGGAGAGGCAAAAGGGUCAUUCAAGGGUGGGAGUAUGAAGGUGUUCCUUCGUAG